AUGAGCGAUUUCCAAUUUAUUAUUGAUUCCCACUAUUGUAAAAACUCAUCAUUAUUAAAGAUUGGAAUAGAUUUUUCAUUUAUAAUUAAUGGAAAUAGAUUUGUAACUACUCAAAAUCAUGCAUCAGUCAUCAGUGGUAUUGUCAGAGAUAUUCUCAUAACAGAUGAAAGUGCAACAGAAAUUAACAUCAGCAUUCCCGAUAAUGGAUCACUUGAAAAAUCUCUCAACAUAUUUUCAAUUUUCCUUAGAAAUGGUUAUAUAAAAGAAAAUAUUGAUUUACUCACAAGUGAAACUCUUUAUCAUAUCGGAGUUUCUAUCGAAAACGAGGAUUUCAUAAAUCAAUAUAUUAAUAUUAUGACAAUUUCAAAUAUAACAAAAGAUAAUAUCAAAUCAUUCAUAAAUUAUAGCCUUAAGACUCAUGAUUUCGAAAAAACUUCAACAUUCAUUGCAUCAAAUUUAUCCCAUAUUGGGCCAUCAAUAUGUUCAUCAUUGAUUCAAUCAGUCUUUGAUACCAUCAAAGAUUAA